AUGUCAGAGAGCCACAAUGAUCAUGCACAAUAGCAGUUCAGCCUUGCCCCUGUUUUCAAAUGUGAGCUCCUUCUGGAAGAGAGAUUCUCAUGGACCAGGACUACUUGAUGAAGGAGCAUCACUUAUUGGCAGCUAUGAUUUUCCUCAGACCACAGAGAGCUUUCCCUUCUCCACUGUGGAAUCAACAAACACAUCCCUAAAUGCCACAAUCAAAGACCCUCUGGGUGGACACACUGUCUGGCAAGUAGUUUUGAUUGCUUUCCUCACUGGGAUCAUUGCACUAGUGACCAUCAUAGGAAACAUCCUAGUGAUUGUCUCAUUUAAGGUUAACAAACAACUGAAAACAGUCAACAACUACUUCUUGUUGAGCCUUGCUUGUGCAGAUUUGAUUAUCGGUGUUAUUUCCAUGAAUCUUUUCACCACAUACAUCAUUAUGGGCCACUGGGCUUUGGGAAACUUGGCCUGUGAUCUUUGGCUCUCUAUUGACUAUGUUGCCUCUAAUGCCUCUGUCAUGAAUCUCCUUGUCAUAAGUUUUGAUAGGUAUUUUUCCAUCACUAGGCCGCUUACAUACAGAGCCAAACGAACAACUAAAAGGGCUGGAGUAAUGAUUGGUUUAGCAUGGGUCAUCUCUUUUGUUCUUUGGGCCCCUGCCAUCUUGUUUUGGCAGUAUUUUGUUGGGAAGAGGACUGUGCCUCCUGAUGAAUGUUUCAUCCAGUUUCUAAGUGAACCUAUCAUCACUUUUGGCACUGCCAUAGCUGCCUUUUACUUGCCAGUCACCAUUAUGAGUAUUUUGUAUUGGAGGAUUUACAAGGAGACUGAGAAACGCACCAAAGAGUUAGCAGGACUACAGGCUUCAGGCAGUGAGGCAGAGACAGCACGCUUUGUACACCAGACUGGCAGCUCCCGGAGCUGCAGCAGCUAUGAGCUGCAACGGCAGAGCACAAAGCGCUCCAGCCGUAGGAAGUACAGACGCUGCCACUUCUGGCUCACAAUGAAGAGCUGGGAACCCAACACGGACCAGGGGGAUCAAGAGCACAGCAGCAGUGACAGCUGGAACAACAAUGAUGCUGCUGCCUCCCUUGAAAAUUCAGCCUCAUCUGAUGAAGAGGACAUCACAGCAGAGACCAGAGCUAUCUAUUCAAUCGUGCUGAAGCUUCCUGGUCACAGUGCCAUCCUCAAUUCCACAAAGUUGCCCUCCACGGAAGAUCUGAAUGAGUCAGCAGAUGAACUACAGAAAUCUGACAUGGAAUCACAGGAAAAGAAACCUAAAAAACUGCAACCUCCCAAGAGCAUUCAGGAUGGUGGAAGUUUCCAGAAGAGUUUUUCAAAGCUUCCAAUUCAGCCAGGGUCAGCAGAGACAGCUACAGCUUCUGAUGGCAUCUCAUCAAUGACCAAGACAUCUGCAGCCCUGCCUUUGUCCUUCAAGGAAGCAACUCUGGCAAAAAAAUUUGCCUUGAAGACCAGAAGUCAAAUCACAAAGCGAAAACGAAUGUCACUUAUCAAAGAAAAGAAAGCGGCACAGACACUCAGUGCCAUUUUGUUUGCCUUUAUCAUUACGUGGACUCCUUAUAACAUCAUGGUUCUGGUGAACACCUUUUGCAACUGUGUCCCCAAAACUGUCUGGAACCUGGGGUACUGGCUUUGCUACAUCAACAGCACAGUGAACCCAGUGUGCUAUGCAUUGUGUAACAAAAUGUUCAGAAAUACUUUCAAGAUGUUGCUGCUGUGCCAGUGUGACAAACGAAAACGACGCAAACAGCAGUAUCAGCAAAGGCAGUCUGUCAUUUUUCAUAAACGGAUCCCUAGAGAGGCUUCAUAGAAUAGUAUUUUUUAAACAACUGAAAAAAUAAUGGAGAAUUCAAUGGGACAGGAUUAGAUGGGUUUGGAAGGGAUGGGGUAGGAUAGGAUGGGAGGAGAUUGGGAGGGGCUGGAAUGGGACAGGACAGGAUGGGGUGGGAGGGUGGUUCCAGGGUGCUGAUUCAAACAUUUAAACAUCAGGACAUGAAAGCAGCUGCCGGGCAUAUGUAUCCUUUUAAUAAAUCCAGUUUAAUAUAAAAAUGAAGUCUGCAUUCAGCAAAAACUAACAAACUUCAACAUUUUUACUAAAGAAUGAAAGACUUAAUAAAGUUUUCGUACAAAUUUGAAAGAAGCUGUAUAGCAAUUGUAAACCCAUUACUGAUCUGCCCAGCUCUUUGAUUGUAAUCAACUCUGGGAUCUCAGGUAAGCACAUCUAGCUAGCCCAACUCUUCUGUUUCCAAGGAAUCCAACAGCUUUCAAUUCAAGUCACACAUGGAUGUAGCAAGCCAGCAGAACAGGAUUAUGAAAUUAUUUGAGACAUUGUAUAGGUUGCAAAAUUGCUUCUUGUUGUCAAGGUAGAGCUUCCUGUCUACUUCUCUUUUGGUGUAUUAUUAUUAAUUGUACCCCUGAUUCCUGGUCGCCAAGUGUGCAGCUCAUGUGUGCAGCUCAUGUUAUAUAUAUGUGUGUGUGAGUGUGUAUGUAUGCAAAAAAUACAUUCACAUCUCUAAAAUACACACAUACCAGGAAAGAGGUAAUCUAUUGGUCUAGGUUUUACAGGGCCCCACAUCACUCUUGCAUGUGAGUGAAAUUAAAAUAUAUAUGUUAGAAAGUUGUAUUAUAAAUAUUUAUCUCAUUGUUCACCACCUGAAAUUCAGGUUCAUCUCUCCAGCCAAAACAAAUGGAGAGAACAAAAGUGUUGCCUGUGAGCCUGUCACAGAAUUUUAUAAUGGGAAGUAUGCCCAGUAUAACCUUUGCCUUGAGCACGGUAUCUCUCCCCGCAUGAGAUUACAUCUCUUUAAAGAAUAUGAAGGUGAAAAGAAUUGAUGGUCACAUGCAGGGCAGAGCAUGUGUUUAUCUUUACAGAGUGCGGGAUGAUGAGAGCUCACAUCUGAGCCAUCAAUGCUCAAAGGCUCAGUGGCCAGACGGGUGCAGACAUGAGCAGCAGCCCCAUUUCGUGCUCACCCCAGGUGAUCUUCAGAUGUGAAAGCUGUGUGUAAAAGAAAUCAUUUGUUUUUGCAUGUGAAGGACACUCAUUUUAAAGAGUUUCUUUUCCAGAAUCUGUUUUAAGUAGAAGUAUACCUAAUUCUGUUUAUUGCCAUGUUACUUGGUAUUUCAGAAAAUGUGGAUAUUGCCAAUUUGUAACCUGGUAAUUUUUAAUAAAGUAAAUUUUUAAAGGGCUUUCAUAUUUCUAGCUUAGACAUGACCAGUAUUUCCUGGUAUUUGUGAUGUGGUCUGCACCAAACAGUGUGAUUUAUAGAAGUCAGAGGUCCCCCAGGGAAAGGAUUGUACUUUAAAUUGUUGUUCUAAAUCUGAUUUAUUUACAUGUUGAAAGAUAAUUUUGUAUUGUCUUUGAACUGACCAAAACUUUUUUUAUUGCUUAAACUUUUUUUUUUUUGCUGAAAAUAAAACAAAACAAAUUUAUUUUACAAAGGGGCAUCAGUGUUGUGAACACAGAACUGAUGUAAAAGCUGCUUUUGUAUUCAGUGUGAGAUGGUGUUUACAGAUGAUUUUGACAACAAUGGAAAUAUAUUAAAUGGUGUCUGUGUAUCUGAACUAUUUAAUUUUGUGUUAUGUUCUUAUGAAGAAAUAUUUAUACAUACUUCACCAAAUGUUUUAUUUAAUGUUGAUAAAUAUUGCUCUUCAGUCUUCAGCUGUAAUGUCCUUUUAAAGUAAUUCAUAAAGGUCUGCUUGAGAAAUGAAUAGAGUAUACCUAGAUUUCUUGUCACUAAAACAAAUACUCUUGACAUACAAAUCUUUCUUUUGUAUGAGUUGUUUAAAAUGUCUACCUAAAAGUAAGCUUGUAAAUUAUAUUGUAAGUCUACUUCAAGUGCAAGUUUAGUUAAAAAAAUGAAAAAGUUAAAGCUUCAGCUAUAUGUCAUAAGUGCAUUUUGAGAUAAAGAUGCCCAGGAUUGGUUUAUGAGUUUAGUAGACACAAAGAACUAAAGACUUGCAAGGCACUCACUUUACAAAGAAAAUUAAAUACCUUUGUUUAUAGAAAGAAGCAUAUAUUUGAAAUAUAUUCAUUACUCAAGUUGACCUAACUAAUCUUUUAACAUUUAAAUAUAUAUCUAUAUCUAUAUCUUGCCAUAUUAUUAUCUUCUGGUAUUUAGAGUAGUGCUGUGCCCCUAAUACACAAAAUGUGAGAGAGCAUGUAAGGAAGCCUGAGUUCAUCAGGGGGACUUACGGUAUAUUAGUAUUGAUUUUACAAUGGGAAACUAUUAUUUUUUAAUGAAGUUAAGCUUCUUUGAAAGCAGCUGUCACCACUGUUUACAUAAUAGGAAGAGUUAAACCCUCAGAUUGUUUUAAGGUAGAAAUAAACAACCUGUAUUUUGAUGUGUGAACAGGCUUUAAAAUGUUACUACAGGCAUUAUAAAUUGUGUACGUAUACACAUGUUGUAGCACAGAUCAAUUUUGUUAUUUAUUUAAUGGAAUAUGCACUAUAAAAUAUUAAGAAUUUGUCUGUGUUGCAAGUACAGAGGGGAUCAAAUUAAUUUGUAUCCUUUAUGUCUAUGUGCUGCAUUAAACCCAUGCACACACACAAAUUGUAAUUAUAUGCACAAGUGGAUAUAUUAUUUAUGAACAUAGGCACACAUGAUAGCUUUCAGAAGAAGAAUGAUGCAACACCCAAAGGUACAAUCUAAUACAGCACUACUAUUUUUUUAAGUACAAAUGAUAGAAUACUGCAAUUGUUUUCAAGGAAAGUAAGUCAGAAACAUGAUAGAAAGUGUCAUUCCGAGGGCAGAAAAACAGCUCAGUCCCAUAAACAUUCCUUACAUGAAAAGCUGGCUUUUCAGAGGCCAGGCAUCAUUCUCAUUAACUGCAAUAAUACAAGAUUAGACUCCAUAUGAAGAGGAUCAGAAAAUGAGAGGAGAUAGCCAGACAGGAGCCACUGGAUUGUCUGAACAAAGCUUUGUGGAAUAGGUCCCAGUCACUGUCAGCCACUGAACAGUUUUAAGACAAUGAAACCCACUGUAAUAAUUUGGCUUUCCCAAUGCAAAAGUGUAUGACAGUUUAUUGCUUCUGAACCAAAAAAUUCUGUGAGAAAUGCCUGAUCCAGAGGUCCAGGAAUAGGUGUCGAGGCACUCCAUCCUACCACAGCAGAACGCACUUCCUAGAAUUUAAAUUGCAGAUCAGUCAAUCAUUGUUCACAGUAUAAACAUGUGCAGAUCUGAGCAGUUCCCAGGGUCUGAAGAUCUGGAUCUAAAUAGGCUGAACAAUAAGUGGCGUACAGAGAUAGAGCAGUUUUGUGAGAAUGCCCACACCAUAGUUCUGAGGCAGUUAAUGACCUUCUUCAGUUAUGUACAACUUCACUUUCUAAUUUGGUUGUAUUGAUUAUUAUAUUUUCUUACCUCUUCUGUAAGAAAAUCUUAAAAACGUCUUGGCUCGUCAUCUUUGUGUAUGUAAGAAGUGAAUGAAACUCUUUAAGUGCACUCAGUCUGUAUGGAAUACAAACAUCAAAGCAAAAGGAUUUUUUGGUCUUUUUUUCCUGAUCAGCACCAUCAGUAAUUUUGAGUAUCUGGACAUCAUCAUGCUACUGCAUAUAUAGUGUGGAUAGUCAUAUAGUAUUAUGUUAAACCAUUUAUAAACUGCAUUACACUUGCCCACUUAAGCAUCUUAUGCACUUCUGUUCCAUUUUAUAUUUGAGAUUCCAAAAUCUAAUUCUCCUCCAAAUGGUUCCUAGAUUCUUUUCAUAACAUGUUUUACAAGCUUGUCUUAUUCUCAGGCUUUCUUCCCUUUCGAAAAAAUCCCCAUGCCAAGUUAAACUGCUCCAAGGGCAUGUUACUAGCUCCAACAGUUUUAGUGUUGAGAUUGGAUACUUUCUUCUUAAGGAUGUACAAGACUGAUCAGAAGGAAUUUAAGCAGUAUCCUUUACAUAUAUAUAUAUUCCUUUAAUCUUUUAUGUAUUUCCCCAUUCAAACACCACUGCACUUUCUUAUGGGAGCAGGUCAAAGUAGCAGGUCAACACCCAACGGGAAGUUUAACUAAGUCAUAUAUGACGUUCAGAUUUUCGGAGAAUUAAAAGUGAGUUUUUCCCCUUCUACUAGGCAUAGAUCAUCUGUAGGCUCUCAACUUCUCUAUUUCUAUAGACAGAUAGAGAGCAAAAUAUUAAUUUUGCAAUUCUGUUAAUUGGGCAUUUUUGCGUUUCAUCUUUUAGUAUGAACAUGCAUAGGAUAACUAAUUCAGUCAUGCCAUUUGUUGGAAACAAACUGAUAUGAAUAGGAUGUUUGGAGCUGCACAUUUUUUGUUCUGUUUCAUACCCUUUGGCACUACAAUUUUAUACUCUGUGUAUUGGCUCCAUCAGCACAGUGUUUGAUGUCACUGAUAGAUCUUCACAGUCCUAACUGGCAAACUUAUUAACUGGUAUUCAGGACGUUGUUACUUUUCACCACCCCUGCUGCAUUUGAAAUAUGUAAUAUAUUACAGUAUAGAUUAUCUUUUUUUUUUUUUCUUAAAGAAAGAUUGCUGUGGUUAUUUACAGAUGCAUUCCAAUAAGUGCUUGCAGAUCUUUGGAUUAAUUUUAAGUACUAAAAUGAUGAGUGAGUUUCAGUUAACCCAACAGGGAUAAUGUAAUGAAAGGAGUACAAAUAGCACAGUAAAGCAAUACAGAAAGUGCUAUUUAUUUAAUGGCUUAUUCAGAUGCAUAUCAUGUAGCAUGUAUAUUGUACCUAAACAUCUAUAUGUACUCUGUAUAUCUCAGAAGAAUAACCUAACUAUGACAUUGUGCUGUGUAGGUACAUACAGAGAGAUGCACACACAUCUAAAACAAUGUACAUGGAAGUAGUUGCAAAAUUAUGCUGAAAUGGACAGUCAUAGUAAAUAUUACCUUUGAUGCCACAUCAGUUGUAACCUGGACAGUUUGGGUCAGCUCUGCUUAGCUAAAAGAAAUGUUUCUACAUCUUAGUGCAUAUUUUUCAAAAAACAUUGUGUUUAUUUCUGAGCAUGCUGUUUUCUGUGUAUUGUUCUGGAUCUUUGGACAUUACCCAAAAUUUAGAAAUGCAUGACCAGAUUUCACACACUGAGUUAUUGCAUCAGUACUCCACUAGGUUAAACCCCAUUAGUUUAAUUAAAUCACUCUGGCUUUGCCAAAUAUGAAAAUAAAGGAAGGCCUCUAUUUCUAAAAGUGGAUUCUGAGAUCUCAUAAGAGAAAUAGGAAUCCCAAUCUUCAUCAUUCAUGUAAACAUCAUUGCCUGCUUCUCAUCAGAGUGAUGAGGAGUGAGCCUUCACUAAUUUGCAGUUAAUUAUUUCACUUGAUUGUCAUUGUGACACAGAGCGGUCAACACCAUGAGAAUAAAGGUUGUAGCUCAAUUUACUUUGAGCCCUGCACUGUGUGGAUAUAUCAAAAGAAAGAGACCUGUGCAGUAUUACCUGAUAUUCAGUAUGAUUUUUUCCAUUCGUUAUUUUUACUUUUCAAAUGGAUUCAGUCUCCUCUAGCUGUACAUACCUAUUCAACACCCUCUUCCAUCAAUAUAGAAGUAUCCCAUUUUUAGUAUUUGCAAAAUAUUAUGAAAUCAGAUGUAGCUAGAGUGAAGAAAAUUCUUUCCUCUGGUGGUUUGAAUUUUUCCUUUUUCUUCUUUUCUUUUCUUUUUUUU